UAUUUUAUUACCCAAACUGGUUGGCCUAAGCGUAUAUGUGUCGGAGUUGAUUGGCCUAAACAGUAAUAAUGCAAAUGAAAUGGCAUUCUUUCGGAUAUAUUCGUAUUCGUUUCGGAACUAAGAAUCGAAGAACUGGAACUAACAUGAAGUGCAGUCAUAAAUUAAUGUGGUUAGCUGAACAAACAGAAUGUUGGCUAUUAGCGCGGAAAUGGAUGAAUGGCCAUCGUGGAAUGAAGCGACAAGCGACACGACUCCAAGCCAAGCCAAGCCAAGCCAAGCCGAGUCGAGCCAGACCAGACCAAGCCACGACUGAGCAACAAUAGAGUCGUGUUUUGUUUGUUUAUGUUUAUUGAUUGUUCAGCUCGAUGACUAGGCUAGAUAUACGACUACGUAUAAAGUGGGUAAGACGCGCUCGCAGAGGCCGCAGUACGUUGGCUAACUUUGAACCUCGCAGAGCUCGGAUCGCGUCGAUCGUCGCGCUGUGUGAAAACGAAUAGACGAACGAGCAUAUAUUUGGAUUAACUGGAGAUAAUUAUACAUUAUAAUUUAUCAAAUUUACAAGUGUUUGUCCACUGUGUGCCACGCUCAGCAGAUAUGCGAAAUUUUCUGUUGAUCACUUGGCUGUGCCUGGCGCUGCUCGGGAGUCAGCUGGACGCCCGGCUGGUGCGGGUGCGUCGCAUACGCCGUCUGGUGGGUCAGAGCGAGCGCUAUGCCCAGAUCACGGACUAUCGGGUCUCGCCCCUGGACGAGCAGGGCAUCUUCAAGUUCGCCUUCAAGACCAGCAACGGCAUCGAUGUGCAGACAGCGGGCAGUGCCCUGGAGACCAUUGGCAUCUUCAGCUACACCUCGCCGGAGGGCGUGCCCAUCGAGACGCGCUACAUAGCCGACGAGCUGGGCUUCCAUGUGGUGGGCAAGCACCUGCCCCGGCCGCCGCCCACGCCCAGCUACAUUCUGCGCUCCCUGGAGUACAUACGCACCCACAACGAGGACGGCAGCCCGAAGGCCCCAACACUGUGAAACACGUCGUAGCUCGUAAUCAUUCCGAAGAAGGCUGAUAAUACCGUGUAGUAACCUGCUAAUAUCUACUGUUAGUUCUCGUAUAGCUUCUAGAUCGUGUCACCUGUUAUAAAUCAUCUGCUCCACACACCCCUCCACAACUCUUACAUCUAAAUAUAGCUCCAAAAAUAUAAUCAAAUUAAACAAAGUCUUGUGCGUCUUUCAGUUUUGGUCUGAUGACCCCAACAAAUCAGCUCUUGUUACGAGAUUAGCCAUAAAAACAGUUAAUAUGAUAAUCAAAUCAGCUUUUUUUUUAUUAUUAAUAUUAAUGCUCCUACUCAGAAAUCGAAGAUGAGAUUCUCUUUCGAUUGGCUUUUCAGUUCUUUCCGGGUACUAAAGUAGUCACUGAGUAUAAUGGAAUGAUUUGUGGUCGUUGAUUGCUUUGAAACAUUUGUCAAACUAGUUAGCAGCUUGGGCUUAUCGCGAGCCAUGAAGCGUGUCUUCUAGUCUUAAUUAUCGGCUAAUUCUUAUUUCUUUUCUUUUUUUUUAGGGGAUAAAUCAUAUUAUUAGGAAAGG